CAAAUUCCCAUUCUUAUAAGCCAUGUAAAGCCUAAUUAUUGACAGAGCAAUCGGAGGUGACAAGCGGCUGAGGGUUUCUGUUGCACUGAUUUCUACUUCAUCACCAAACUUGGACGAGUUGAUGGAGCACGGGUCGUAUCAAGAUCAAUCACAAGCAACAUUUUCAUUAACGGAUGAGGAUCACACACUAGCAAAUUCUCUCAGAUUCACUCUUAACCAAGACCCCCGAGUAACAUUUUGUGGGUACAGUAUUCCGCAUCCUUCUGAUGCUCGUGUGAAUAUAAGAGUCCAGACGACUGGUGAUCCAGCAAGUGAAGUGUUGAAAGAUUCAUGUCAGGAUCUAAUGCUUAUCUGCCAGCAUGUUAGAAGCACUUUUGAUCAGGCAGUGGUCGACUUCAAGAAUAAAAACAGCCUUGACGCUAUGAAUAUUGGACCAUAACAAGACUCUUUUUACCUUGAAUAUUUUUUAGGUAAUGCAAUGAACUUUUGACAAAGUUUUAAUUUUAUUUACGUAUUAUGUAUUGUCAAUUCUGGACUUGUAUAAAGUAGGUGGGAACUUGCUUUGAUUGUUCGGUUUUAGAUACACUUGAUAAUGUGUUAAUUAGAAAUAUUUGACUUUUAUCUA